UGUGAUUGUUUCUUUUGACUAUUGACCAUCCAAUAAAGGGAUUUGGGUUUUUUGAUAAAAUAUAAUACAAAUUCCUUUGUUGAUUGUUGUGAUCUUUAAUAUCUUGUCGGCUGGAAUAUCCACCUUAAACAAGUAACUUUAAAAUAUGUCUAGGAAAACUUAUUUUAAGCAAGAAUGGCUAGACGAAAAACUGUGUCCAGAAUGGUCUUCAAUAAUAGCUGCAGUUUUAGGAGAUAAAACUAGUUUUCUAUGCAAAAUAUGCAAUAAGAAAGUUACUUUGUCAAAUAUGGGGAGACAGGCUAUACUAUCCCAUAUAAAAUCUGAGGGGCAUAAAAAGAAUAUUAAGAUUCGAGAACAAAAUUGUGGAAUCUCUAAUUUCUUCAGUGUUAAAUUAGACCUGAAUAAUAGCAGCGAUGAAGUGUUACCAAGUAGCAGUACUGGCACACCUAAAACUACAUAUAUGGGUUUUACAAGUUUUUUCUCAAAAAACGCAAAUGUUUGCAAAGCAGAAAUCUAUUGGGUGCUCCAUUUGGUAGAGACACAUGGUUCACUAAAUAGUGUCAAUAAAAGUAUUCCUCUAUUUAAAUUAAUGUUUCCUGAUUCUAAUAUUGCCCAAAAUAUGUCUCUGGGAUCUACGAAAGCGUCCUAUUUGUGCUGUUUUGGAUUAAAUGAGUAUUUUAAAGAAAUACUAGACCAUACUUUAAAGAACAUGGAACAUUACGUUAUAUGCUUUGAUGAGGCCUUAAAUAAAGUGUCUCAAAAAGGACAAAUGGACUUAGCAGUACGUUAUUAUAAUGAUUGCACUGAUUUUGUCCAGACCCGAUACUUAACAUCUGUAUUUAUAAAUGGCAGGCCUACAUCCGAAAACAUCUUAAAACAUUUUUUGUUGGGUAUUCAGGAAUUAAAAGUUAAUAAAAUCAUUCAAAUAUCCAUGGAUGGUCCUGCAGUGAACUGGAAAUUUUACAGACUAUUAAAGGAAAAAUUAGGUGAUGAAUGUUCAUUGGUGGACCUAGGGUCCUGCGGUUUACACAUUAUUCAUGGAUCACUCCAAAGUGGCCACAAAGCAAGUGGUUGGUCAGUAAACAGUUUCUUAACAGGCCUAUACUGGUUAUUUAAAGAUGCCCCCACUAGAAGGUCUGACUUCAUUGGAAUUACGAAGACAUCAAUAUUUCCUUUAAAAUUUUGCCAGACAAGGUGGGUUGAAGGGUCUCGUGCAGCUAAUCGUGCAUUGGAAAUAUUUGAUAGUGUAAAAUUGUACGUUCAGAGUGAUACUGUAAAGUUACCACAUUCGACCUCAACAAAAAAUGUUUUAAAUGGUAUAAAAGAUUAUUUAUUACCAGUAAAAAUAGCAUUUUUUUCUAUGGUGGCAAGUACAUUAGAACCAUUUUUAACAAAAUUUCAAAGUAAUUUCCCUCUUUCACCAUUUUUGUAUACUGAAACAUAUAUGCUAAUUACAACACUAUUAGAAAAAUUUGUAAAAGAAGAACAUAUUCCUAAAGUUGAUAAACUUUUUUAUAAAUUGGACUUUAAAAAUCAAGAUAUUUUGUUACCACUUACUAAAAUUGAUAUAGGUUUUGCUGCAAAAAGACUAUUAAACAAGGCCAAUUCAAACCAGAAAAACAAACUUAUUUUCUUUAAGGAUUGCCAGAGCUUUUUAAUAGCCACUGUUUCAAAAAUAUUAGAGAGGUCGUGCUUGAAAUAUAAUAUGGCCAAAGGUAUUUCUUGUCUUGAUCCCAGUGUAAUUAGGUUCAGUGCUUCACUGGCAGAGAAACGCAUCAUUACUGUGUUGGAGGAAUUUUACGAGAAACAUUUAAUUAGUUCUGAAACUGCAGAAAAGGCUAAAAAUCAAUUCAAAUUAUUAGUUAGAACGCAACAAGAAGUAUUUAAGAGUUACGGUAAUGAACAUUUGGAUAAGUUUUUCAGUAAAUUGUUAAAGAAUAAACCUGAAUUUUAUGAACUAUGGAAUGUUGUCAAGAUGAUUUUAAUCUUUUCGCAUGGCAAUGCUUCAGUAGAAAGUGGCUUUUCUAUUAACAAACAAUUGCUGGUAGAAAAUUUGCAAGAAAAUUCAAUAACUGCCCAACGAGUAGUUUACGACAGUAUUAUGUGUGCGGGAGGAGGAAGUGAGAUUAUUAUAAAUGAAAAAAUGAUGAAAUAUUGUCGACAGGCACAUAGUAAAUACAAAACAGCUCUGGAAGAGAAACGAAGAUGUAUUGAUGAAGAGGCCAAAAAAAGAAAUGAGAAGCGGAAAAUCGAAAUUGAAAUAAAAGAUUUACAGUCAAAGAAGAAAAAACUGGAUGCUACUUUAUUGGCAGAGAAAAAAGAAAUUGAUGAUAAAUUACAAUUGUUAAAAAAAAAUCUAUUUUAAAUUAUUUGAUUUGAUACAGUGGCAGCUGGUGAAAUUUCAGGUAUGCCAUAUCUCGAUAGUCAGACAUGAACCAAAUGUUAGGGUAUAUGUAUUGUGAUCAUAUAAAGAACUUUUCUAGAAGGAGAACAAUUUUGCAAUUUGAAAAAAAAUUUGAAAAAAUUGUCUGUAGGGAUUUUCAGACUGGCUUCUUUAAUUUUCACGAAACUUUUUUUCAUAAAUUAAAUGAAAGGUUAUCGAGGUAUUUAAAAUGUAUUU